CUUGAUUUCAACGUUUAUUUAGCGAGGAACAGCGGCUCACAAGCGUCCCCGCUACCAAGUUCUGGGACCGCUACCAACUAUUUAGUCUUCCGUCCCCUCACAUCCCUUCCCCACACUCCCUCUCUUAAGUGUCACCAGACACUUCCUCCUCCCACUCCCGUCCACACUCAAUCCCCACACUCCUUCCAUUCUUCCAUCCCCCACUCCAUCCCUUCUUCCAUCCCCCACUCCGUCAUCUUCAAUAUGCCUCCGGAUCCGCCCGUGGCUACGAACCAGCCUACCGCCAGUACGAACCAACCUACCGCCACAAUGAAUCACCCUGACGCCGCUACGAUUUGCACCGACGUCGCCUUGCUUUCGUCGCUCCUCAGCUACGAACAGCGCCUCAAGGUCUUGAACCAUCAUCAGCUCUACGACCUUCUCCGUCACCUGAGGCAAGACUUUCCGGGGAUGCCGGCUCUCAGUGCCGACGAACUGGAGAAGAAGGUGGUCCCACGAGAGCGUCUCAGUGGUGUUCUCAGCGGCGACGGCGGCGACCUUCCUCUAAGUGUUAAAAUCCUUCGUCUCCUCAACCACCGCCAGCUUCGCGCCAUUGCUAGUGAAAUCGACGGCAUGGCCGGCGUGCGACUCCGCGUCCUCACCUCCGAGUUGGUCCUGAAGAAGGAACAAUAUAUCUCGGCCCUUACUAUACCCCAGCGCCACUAUUUGGAAGCUCACAUGCCGGGACUUCUCCAGCUGGAGGAGAGCAAGUGUCUGACCCAACUACGCUUGGCUGACGAAUUUUCCCCCGAUGUCAUUCGCAAGAUCCACGAGACACUUAUCCAGGUUUUGGUGAACGCCAUGCCCGAAGUGGACGCGCCACAGCAGGUGAAUCACGACGCAGGUGGUGGAAAUGGUGCCCCAGUGGUAUCGGGACCCGAGCAAGAGCCCGACGAGCAGCACAAGAAGGAAGCCGACCCCGCAUCCGAAAACGACAGCGACAGAGAAGAGACCAUCGAUAAAACGCGCAUUCCCGUUUACGAACAGAUGGGCUAUCACAGCUCAAACGCUGCGGGCUACAAAUUCGAUCGACGGGUUGCCGUAAAGGCUCUGACCGGGGCUCCGAACCGAUUGAAGCUCGUCAAUCAGCUGGAAUGGACGUCGCUCGACACUUCUGUCCAGAACGCCAUAGUCGAAAAGGUUCACCAGGCUCUUCCAGCGCACAACCUCGAGUUGUGUCGCCGCCUGGUUUGUCAGAUCAUUCGUCCCCUCCCCACCGGCACACUUCACCCGAAAAAGAAGAGGCGCAUUGAUUCGCCCAACGCCUAGAUUCGCCCAACGCCCAAGGACAGAAGAGCUGGUGGUAAGAUGAGGGUCUUUUUUAGGUGUGGGUGAUCGGGUGAAAAAAUGGACGGUGCUGACUUCGGGUUGUUCUUGGUUUUCUGUUUGUGUGGGGUGGAGUGCUACUCUUCUGCAGUGGCCUGCGGUGGGAAGUUGAACUUUCCUUCGGUCGAUUGUGUGCUCAUGAGGAGUUGAUAG